ACACCCACCCAUAUUACCAGCACCCCCCACACAGGCAUCUCAGUGCUCAAUGUUGCUGUGGAGAAAUCCAGGCAAGAUGUGCUGGGUGUGAGUGGUCUGUGUAUGUGUGUGUGUGUGGCUGUGCAGCUUCUUCAUUGUCUGUCUCCUCCACACUCACCCGGACUCUCCUCCCCUGGGCUGCAGCUGGAGGGGGAGACCUUUCCAAACCCUGGCAAGCCUCAGGAUGCACGGAGGAGAGCCCUGACACCCAUACCAAGGGAGAGAGAAACCUCCACACCCGGACUACAUACAGCGUUACCCCGUCACAAGCAGAGAGCUGGAGCUCAGCAUGCUGUGCCUGUCUUCCUCUCCUUCCAGCGGAGUGAGGUAGUGAUAGCAGAUGUCUACGUCUAACUGAUGUUGACCAUAUAUUUUGUAGCCACGGAAAAUGAUGCUGUGGAUAUGUUCCGGAGCAUCCUUUAUUACUUCCUUUGGAUAAAUGAGAAGUCGUCAUGUUAUUAUGCUGACAACUAAGCAUGAAUUUGGUAGACCUGUGGAUAACACGCUCCCUCUCCAUGUGUCUGCUCUUACAAAGCUUUGUUCUAAUGAUACUGUGCUUUCAUUCUGCCAGUAUGUGUCCCAAAGGCUGCCUUUGCUCUCAUUCAGGAGGCUUAAAUGUCAGCUGUAGUAAUGCAAACCUCAAGGAGAUACCUAGAGACAUUCCCCCGGAAACUGUUCUACUCUACCUAGAUUCCAAUCAAAUAACAUCCAUCCCUAACGAUAUUUUUAAAGACCUCCAUCAGCUGAAGGUUCUCAACUUAUCCAAAAACAGCAUUGCGUUUAUAGAUGAAAACUCAUUUAAAGGUGUGGCAGAAACAUUGCAGAUUUUAGACUUGUCAGACAACCAGAUUACAAGCGUCCACAAGAAUGCUUUUAGUAAUUUAAAGGGAAGGGCCAGAAUUGCUAAUAACCCAUGGCACUGCGACUGUACUCUACAGCAGGCUCUGAGGAGCAUGGCAUCAAUUCACGAGACUACCAGCAAUGUAAUUUGCAAAACAUCUGACCUGGAUGAACAUACCGGGAGGGCUUUGCUGACUAAUGCAAAUGAUGCAGACCUUUGUAAUAUUGCGAAAAAGACUACGGAUUAUGCCAUGUUGGUCACUAUGUUUGGCUGGUUCACCAUGGUGAUAUCUUAUGUGGUAUACUAUGUACGGCAAAACCAGGAGGAUGCGAGGAGGCAUCUUGAAUACUUGAAAUCCCUGCCAAGCAGGCAAAAAAAACCUGAUGAAGCUGACGACAUUAGCACUGUGGUAUAGUAUUGGAGACAAGAGACUAAAAUAGGAAAUGGAUAAUACCUUGGAAUGUCAUUAGAACAAACCGAGUUUAGUUCUAAUGCUUGUUGUAAACCUUUUUGCCUUUUUAAAAAAACAAAAACAUUACGGUGGCAAAAUUGUGCCACUGUUGACAAACAAUACAAGAUAAAUUUUGUUUGACGGUACGCUGUCGUCUCUUUGAUGGUAUUCCA